GAGUGGUCGGCGGCGGCUGCGCACGUCCUUCCUGGCCGCUUUAUAAAAGGGGCGCGAAUCUCUUUGUCCUGCAGAGCUCGGUUCUUGCUUCAACAGUGUUUGAACGGAACCGGUUCCACCGCCUUCGACCCCCUCUUUCCUCAUCCCUUGACUCGAAACAGACGAGGGAGCGACUGACUGCCAGCCGAUCCCCCAGCUCCAGCAGGAUCCCCCUAGGCCGGACGCCGCUGCCUGUUGCCCGCCUGUCUCUUCAUCUGCGCCUUGCAGCCCACCGGAGAAAUGGAGUCCCAGAUCCGCCAGAACUACCACCGCGAGUGCGAAGCUGCCAUCAAUCGCAUGGUCAACAUGGAGCUGUAUGCCAGCUACGUCUAUCUCUCCAUGGCUUCCUAUUUUGACCGGGAUGAUGUUGCCCUUGCGCACGUCUCUAGCUUCUUUCGGUCUCAGUCACACGAGGAGCGGGAACAUGCCGACAAACUGCUGAAAUUCCAGAGCCAGCGUGGUGGCCGGGUCCUUCUGCAAGAUAUCAAGAAGCCUGAGAAAGAUUCCUGGGGGACCACUCUGAAUGCCAUGGAAGCAGCUCUCCAGCUGGAGAAGAAUGUCAACCAGGCCCUUCUGGAUCUGCACCGUUUGGCAAGUGACCAAGGAGACCCACAUCUGUGUGACUUCUUGGAAUCGCAUUACCUCGAUGAGCAAGUCAAAGCCAUCAAAACACUGGGCGACUACAUUACCAAUCUCCGGCGCUUGGGCACAACCCAGGGGGGUCUUGGAGAAUAUCUCUUUGACAAGCACACCCUAGGAGAGAGCAGCAGCUGAUUUUACCUUCUCCCCAAAUUCCUGGGAGUCACUUCCCCUGAACCCACAAAAACCAGCCCACUGCCAUCAAUUUUGCUGUGCCCGAGUCAAGGAGGGCUUGUACCUGCCACCUCUCAGUUGGCAUGCUUCCAAUAAACAAGGGUUCACCUGUUUUA